AUGUCACGAGCCUUUGCGUCGUGUGAGGGUCUCAUAACGGCGGAAACAGUAACACAAGAAACCACCACCACCCACCUGCAGAUUGGCCGUGAAGCCUUUUGUGGCUGUUCGGCCUUGAUCAAUAUUUCUUUGGAAGAACUGAUUCGAGUUUUAGUUUUGGAGGAAUACAAUGCUGAGGAGGAGGUCUCCAGAGACGCCUUUGGUUUCACACCAAUGCAUAUUAUGGCGGCAUCGUUUCAUUUACAAGAAGAUAUUCUGGAUUGCCUAUUGGACUGGUAUCCUCGUCAAAUACUCCAACGAGACCGACAUGGAUUGCGUCCCAUGGAUUACUUACUUUGGAAUACUGUGAGUGCAACGACGGUUUCUCUCAUCAAGAUGAUAUUGCACAAAACCAUUGUUUCCACCAUUGCCAGCUGGAGGGGAGGCGAUAAACGGCAAGAAGAAUUGAAUGCUCGAUUGGAUUCUAUACUGAAAGUGGACGAUCCUGUUGGCGAUCGAAUCCAGCAUGUUCAUGAUUUCCUAGAAUAUGCUGGGUACUAUGUGAGGUUGCAACCGAUAUUUGUUUUGGAAUUGACAAUGUGGAAGUGGAGAAUGACGAGAGGAAUGGGAGAUGAAGGCGACUAUGACAAUAACUACCGACAAAACUGCAGAUUCCAGUCGGGGACCGAUGUCGUCGUUGCGAAUGUUACAGACUUUUUGUGGCAUGGCCAAACGAGGGUUUCCUCGGCUCAGCAGUUACAUCCGCUGUCGGCCAUGGUGGUCGGUGACGAAAUGAUUUUUGGAAUGGAACAACAACAGCAAGUCCAAGAGCAGGAGGAUGAGAAUGAUGAUUCGGACAACGAAAAUGAUGAUGUUUGGGAUGAUGAUGAUGAUAAUGAUGAUGAUUCAUUCGGGCGAUGA